GGCUAGUGUUCCUGGAAGCACGGUCCUCGCGCAUGCUUAAGACCCUUGAACCAGGACUUGGUGGAAUUUUCUUGUGAGACAAAGGGGGAUACAAAAUGAUGGAUGAUAUAAAAAAUGUCCAGGAUGUUAAAGAGUACCCUGACACAGACAUGCAGAAAAACCGAGUACUAACUCUGGAAGAUUGGCAAGAAAAGUGGGUGGACCACAAAAUCGGAUUUCACCAAGAGCAAGGCCAUCAGCUGUUAAAGAAGCACUUAGAUGCUUUCCUUCAAGGCGAGACGGGGCUGAGGGUGUUUUUCCCUCUUUGCGGAAAAGCAGUGGAGAUGAAGUGGUUUGCUGACCGAGGACACUACGUUGUUGGUGUAGAGAUCAGUGAACUGGGAAUACGGGAAUUUUUUGCGGAACAGAAUAUUUCUUACUCAGAAGAAGCCAUUGAGGAAAUUCCUGGUGCCAAAGUAUUUAAGAGUUCUUCAGGAAACAUAUCUCUGUACUGCUGCAGUUUUUUCGACCUGCCCAGAGUCAAUGUCGGCACUUUUGACCGGAUUUGGGAUCGAGGCGCGUUGGUUGCAGUUAAUCCCGGGGAUCGUAAACGCUACACAGACAUCAUGCUGUCCCUCGGCAAAAAGAGGUUCCAGUAUCUCUUGGCUGUUCUUAUUUAUGAUCCAACCAAACAUGCAGGUCCCCCAUUCUAUGUUCCAGAUGCUGAAGUCAGAAAUUUGUUUGGUUCAGUCUGUAACAUUCAGUCUCUGGAGACGGUUGAUGCCUUGGAAGAAAGGCAUAAAAACUGGGGACUCGACUCUUUUGUUGAGAAGUUGUAUUUACUGACGCCAAAGUAAGCACAGGCCCGCAUGGAGCCAUCUUGGUUCUCCUCCCCAGCACCUCAUGGUCCCCUGAGGUCUGCCAGGAAGGACCCCCAAGCACCUGCAGGGGAUGGCUCAAACCCCAAAUAAAAAAGGAUUCUACUGCCUUUGGGCGGGGGGGGG